CAUAAAUAUGUGUAUAUGGAUAGAUGUAACAAGGAUAGACGGAUAGUUAAGAGGUGCAUGACCAUACAAGGAGCUAAGAAGUAAAAAGCAUAUAGGCAUUACAAGGGACUGCACGCUUGCAUACAUUGCUCUCAUAGUCACGCUUGGUUAAAUAUCACACACCCACGUCGCAACAUCAAUCAGGCAAGCUGGCUUGUGAUAAGGCUGUAGUGCCUGUGUGUUUAGGCUCACUUCGCACGGCGGUGGCCACAGCCUGGUCCGACGACUACUACCUGGACGAUACCUCAGAUCUUAAGGCGACACGUGACAAAACACCAACCAACACACCUGGUGCCAAGCUCCAACCGUCCCGUACGGCCUCUCACACGGACAAUCUAGACAUCACACACGGGGGUCUAAUUCUGCAUUCACCUCAGGACACACGCCUCAGUAUGUCGGACGAGAAAGUGCCCCAGGUACAGUCACAGACUGUUACUACCACUGACACACAGGCGGAUGUCACACCAACCAAGGUACCCGAUAUGCAUGUGUCUAAGAUACCUGUACACGCACACACUGAGCCCAAGCGUAGAACGAAUCCCAGCGGCUUAGGCACAUCCUACGUCAGGUCACCGCAACGGUCACCGGCCGGAAGCAACACGACACUGGACGAGCUCGAACUGCCGCGUAUGGAUUUUUCGUUGAAGAACUUUGUGCCCAAAUCAGCGGCGGAACUUUACAAGGAAACAAGCGAGAGGAAAAAGACUGACAAGUACGCGCACGUGAAGUCACGUGUGGGGUCGUUUGAUAACAUCGGUUAUAAGUCCGGCAGCAUGAGUACGGGCAAGCCCAAGCAGAAGAUCACGUCACAACGGGCACACUACGAGAACGUACAAGCGAAGGUCAGUAGUCACAACAAGAACUUUAAGCCUUCCGAGCCCAAGCCACUACCUGACGUGCCAAAGAAGAAGUUAGAUUUCUCACACGUGCGCGCAAAGGUUGGGAGCCUCGAAAAUGUCGACCACACCCCAGCCCAGUCUAAAUUUAAAAUGCCCAACACCAAACUGACCUUCAAAGAAUCGGCCAAGUCAAGGGUGGGCAGUCUAGACAACAUCGACCACGUGCCUGGAGGCGGUGACAAGAAGAUUGAGACUCAGAAGUUGAACUACAGGCACAAGGACAUCUCGGCCAAGGUGAACAGCCUACCAUCCAGCAAGAAGAACUCGGUAGAAAACAUGAGCGGCUCCGGCAAGCGCAGCGCAUCGGCCAGUGUUGUUAGCAAGGUGAGUGCGAGUGACAAGGGAGUACCGAACUUCGAGGUGGGCCCUACGGAUGUGGAUGCGCUGACGCAGGGGCUGCAGAAGUUAGAGGUGGAGGAGAAGGCCAUGAGUGAGCCGGCCCUGCACGUCUCAUCGUGAGACGACUCUGUGCGGUUAGACAGCCGCAGACCCCCAACGGUGUGAAGGGAGCCACCCCACACAUCAAGUCACACCAAGCUACACCAAGUGACCUCAAUGUAUAACCAUGCUGAUCAAUGCAUAUCAAUGCAUAUUGAGAUGGCGAGCGAGCGCCUUGGAAUCGAGAGAAGUGAUCAUCCUGUGACACAGUCGGAUGGGUCCGAUGACUCGUAGAGUGACUACCAUCUCUGCGGGGUCUUAUCGUCACACGGCACACACAGUAACAACAAUAGAAUAUACCUUACUCGCAGCACUCCCAUCAUUUUUGGACAUAGUAUGUAGAUGCAGGAAGUGGAGAACGUGACCACACCCCAGGCUGGAACGAUGUCAAGCUGGCUGUGGUGGGUCGUAUAGUAUCACUUCCAGUCUGCCAGUAGACAGUAGGGUUCCAGAAUAAGUAAAGACUUAGAAAUGUGUGAA